AUGUUUUUAUUUAUACCUUUAAUUUGUGGAACAAAAGAAUUUAACUCUGCAUAUGAUAAUAAACCUGAGCAUGUAGGUCUUUAUUGUCCACAUUGCCAUAAUAAUAGUGUUUCACCAAUGAAAAACAAAGAGUUUUUCACAUUUUAUUUUAUUCCUUUAGUACCGGUACAUUGGGGUAAACAAUUGCGUUGUUCAAUAUGCAAUUGGAGGCAGGAUUUUACUAGUGAUGCUGAGUUGGAAAAUAUGACUGCAUAUCAGAAAGUACAAUAG